AUGACAACCCCUGGCGGUGAGGUGCUGCAACGAAAGGACAAGACAGCGCCUCUCACCUUUGAACCGCGUAAGCGCCAACACGGUUACACAAGAUGCCCUUCUAGUGGUGCCUUUGCUUUUGUCGACCGCUUUCUUCUUCCCAAUGUCGCCUCCAAGGACAGGGGUCCUUGCCUGAUUCCGUGUAUAAAGGGUUGCAAGGCGCAGAGGCACUUCGGUGGAAUGCGCGACUCCCGACGCUGGCCACCUCCUGUCCACGUUUGUAUAUACUGCACAGAAGCACACCCUUCCGCAUCCGAGAUGCCUGAGAGGCCGAACUUUCCAGCGGAAGAGGAGAGAACGCUGUCGCGGUGGAGAGAGGAAGAAGCAUUCAAAAAGUCUUUGGAGCUUUCGAAAGGGCGGAAGCCGUUCUCCUUUUACGAUGGGCCUCCCUUUGCAACAGGCCUUCCACACUAUGGGCAUAUCCUUGCAGGCACUAUAAAGGACGUUGUCUGCCGCUUUGCUCAUCAAACGGGGCACUUCGUGGAGCGGCGCUUUGGCUGGGAUUGCCACGGGCUUCCUAUUGAGUUCGAGAUCGACAAGCUGCUCAAAAUAAACACACGGCAGCAGGUGCUUCAAUUCGGCAUCCCCCAGUCCAUCGUGCUGCGCUACUCCUCUCAGUGGAAGGAUAUUGUUGGUGGGCGUUGUUGUACUGCUGCUGCCGCGUCCUCAGUUAGAGCGCACCGGUCGGUGGAUCGACUUCAACAAUGGAUACCGAACGAUGGACCGAGACUUCAUGGAGUCGGUCUGGUUAUGCCCUUCUCGACUGCUUGCGGAACUCCCCUUUCCAACUUUGAAGCAAACCAAAACUACAAGGACGUUAGCGACCCCUCGGUCGUUGUCGCCUUCAAGUGUGCAGACACUACAGCUUUCCCAGAGCGCUUCGAAUUUGUCGCCUGGACGACCACCCCGUGGACCCUGCCAGCAAACUUGGCGCUCUGCGUUCACCCCACAAUGACGUACCUCAGAAUACACCUCAAAUCCAACAAACGCAUUCUAGUCUUGGCGAAAGACCGCUUGGAGUGGGUUUGCAAACAGAUGAAGCUCGACCCCGUCGCCGAUAUCGAGGUGCUGGCGGAAUUCCCGGGGGAAACAUUGCGCGGUUUGCGAUAUGUCCCUCUCUUUGACUGCUACGCCUCGACUUCUCCCUUCGCCUUGUCGGCCUUCAGAGUUUGCGUAGAUAACUUCGUCACUGCGGACUCCGGUACCGGAAUUGUUCACUGCGCCCCCGCUUUCGGCGAAGAUGACUACAGAGUCUGCAUCCAGCAAGGCGUAAUCCAAGUGGGUGGCCCGCUGGCUUGUCCGAUAGAUGACAAUGGGAUUGUAACUUCGGAUGUGCCUUUUGCUGCUGGAUUGAACUUUAAGGCAGCGGACAAGGAGAUCAAGGCGGUCUUGAAACAGAACGGUUCUCUUCUAGCGGCCUCAGAUCUGAUUCACUCGUAUCCCUUUUGCUGGCGCUCUGACACCCCCCUGAUAUACAAAGCCGUGCCAUCCUGGUUCAUUCGCGUUGAGGACAUGAGGGAAAAAUUGCAAAAAAACAACAUGCUCUCCCGAUGGGUGCCAGCAGCGCUGCAAGAAAAGCGAUUUCACAAUUGGCUGGGAGAGGCGAAGGACUGGUGCGUGUCGAGAAACAGAUUUUGGGGAACACCUCUGCCUCUGUGGGCGAGUGAAGACUUCUCUCAACUCGUGUGCAUUGAGAGCGUUGCUCAGCUAGAGGCCAUCUCUGGACGCACCUUGCCAGAUAUUCACAGAGACUCCAUCGACGAUAUAACAAUACCAGAUCCCAGGGGUCCUGAAUUUCCUCCUCUCAGACGAGUUGAGGAGGUCUUUGAUUGCUGGUUUGAAAGCGGCUCAAUGCCGUACGCUCAACAGCACUACCCAUUCGAGAACAAAGAGCGAUUCGAUAAAACAUUCCCAGCAAACUUCGUGGGCGAGGGUUUGGACCAGACUCGUGGCUGGUUUUAUACGUUGCUGGUCUUGUCUACUGCUCUUUUCGAUAAGCCGCCUUUUCAGAAUCUGAUUGCAAACGGUCUUGUGCUGGCAGCAGAUGGCCGCAAGAUGAGCAAGCGUCUACAAAACUACCCGCCGAUAUCUGAAGUCUUGGAUUCGCUGGGAGCGGAUGCGUUGCGAAUGUAUCUCCUCAAUUCACCUGUUGUUAAGGGGGAGACCCUCAACUUCAAGCAGGAAGGAGUCAAGGACGUUGUUAGGGAAGUUCUUCUACCGUGGUAUCAUUCCACUCGCUUCUUGAUUCAAGAAGUCAUUCGUUACGAACUUAGUGGCGCAGGGCAGUUUGUUACUGCGACCUCCGAAGAAGAACAGUGCAGAAAAAAUUCAAUGGAUAAAUGGAUCCUCUCAGAGACACAACGAGUGAUGCAGUUUGUUAGAGAAGAAAUCGAAGCUUACCGUCUGUACACUGUAGUGCCCCAGCUUGUCUCCUUCCUCGAGCUCCUUACCAACUGGUACCUGAGGCUCAACAGAGAUAGAAUGCGUGGUGCUUCGGGGCCUGCCGUGGCUCUGGAAGCACUGCAAACCCUACAUUCCGUUUUACUAACGACUGUUGUCUACAUGGCCCCCAUGACUCCUUUUCUGAGUGAAUAUCUAUACCAGGCCCUAAGAAAGGCCCUGCCAUCUGGGCAUCCCCUGUUAGCAGACAGCGUACACUUCCUACUUUUGCCACUGCCUAACGAUAAGCUCAGAGAUACCAAAGUGGAGCAACGCAUGACACGCAUGCAAAGCGUAAUUGUGAUGGGAAGAACCUUGAGAGAGAGAAAGAGGCUGAGUCUCAAAACCCCUGUAUUAUCAGUCCGCUGUCUCGUGGGAUGCGAAGAACACCGACAAGACCUCCUCGAGACCGAGGCUUACAUCAAGGAGGAGCUGAACACGUGCGCGUUUGAGGUCGUCGUGGACAACUCCGAGGUGCCUUUGUCCCUUAGUCUGAAUUUCAAGCUUCUUGGCCCUCGCGUAGGUCGGGGCAUGCAGAAGCUGCAGGAAGCGGCAAAGCAGCUGAGUCAAGCUGAGCUGAGACAGUUUGAGAGGGAUGGACAGAUUGAGGUGGCUGGCGUAACACUUUCGUCAGAAGAGGCCUCACUACAGAGGCAGCUACCGGGAGCUGCCAAUCCAAAUCUUGCAGUGCACUGUGAUAAGUCCGUUGUUGUCAUCAUGGACUUUACCUCAGACCCCUCGUUGCAGCGGAAGGCAAUUGCAAGAGAAGUGGCAAAUCGUGUGCAGAAGCUGAGAAAGGAGUUACAACUGCAGCAGCAUGACGCGGUGCUGAUGUUUGCUUCCACGGAAGACCCAGCGCUUUCUGCAGUGUUGAAAGAGGAGGCAGAAUACAUCGAGAGCUGUUUGCGGCGGCCUCUACGACACAUGGUAGAGAACAAGCGACCAGAGACCGGCGCUGUAAUGCACGAGGAGACGGUUUCAGUGGGUUCUUCUCCACUAAUUCUGACCUUCGUUAGGGAGUAG